GUAUGCACGACAAGUGCCACGAACUGCAAGGAGCUUCAGAUUACAAUCAAGGAGUUUUAUUGGUCUAUCUGCAAGUGCACGGACACCUUCACUAGACUCAAGCUCAGGAUGGACAGAACCAACUUCAUAUGACUUGGUGCCGAUGGUUAUUGAGCAGUCUGGUCGAGGUGAACGCUCCUUCGAUAUAUUUUCUCGCCUACUGCGAGAACGAGUGGUCAUGCUUCACGGUCCUAUACGGGAUAGCAUGUCCGCCGUAGCAGUUGCCCAACUACUCUUCCUCGAAGCAGAGGACGCAACAAAACCAAUUCACAUGUAUAUCAACUCACCAGGUGGGAGUGUAACUGCGGGACUCGCUAUUUAUGAUACAGUACAGUAUGUCUCGUCGCCGAUACACACCUAUUGUGUUGGACAGGCUUGCUCGAUGGGUUCAUUGCUCCUCGCCGCAGGGGAGAAGGGUAAAAGACAUUCUCUACCACACGCCAGUAUCAUGAUCCACCAGCCAUCUGGUGGAGCAUCCGGCCAAGCAUCCGACAUAGCGAUCCACGCACGCGAGAUUCUACGUGUCCGAGAAGUCUUGACGCAGAUUUACCAACGGCAUUGUGCGAAGGAAGGAGAAGACGUUAAGGACGGACUUUCACGAUUUGAGAAAGCACUGGAGCGGGAUUACUUUAUGACUGCGAAAGAGGCACUAGAUUUUGGAUUAGUAGAUAGUAUACUAGAAAGACGACCUGUCUCUGAGACAGAUAAAUAA